CACUACCCUGAGCGGUGGCUAGGGGGUGCACUGUGGACAUGGUGUGCAUUAGGAGGGAGAGUGAGAGAGGGGUAGAGAGACACAGACAGAGAGUGUGAGCGUCUCAGUAACGUAUUCCUGCCUGUGGCUGGGCUGGUCACAUGGGGAGAGCAGCCUGUUUAAAACAGCCUCGACUCCGCUCAUUCAGAGCAGUGCAAGACACAGAGACAGACACACACUUUCCCUUCUUUCUGUCUUUCUCUCCGUUCACACACACUCACACAUGCUCGUGCACGGCAACUUUCCUCUACCGGACUGACACAGCACACACGUUGGGGGUAGACACACUCCUGAUCUACAGCUGAGAAGAGGAUAAGGAGUGACAGAUCAGGAGAAAAAAAAAGAAAAACAGAGAAAAGAAAGACAUUCCCAGGUGAAGAGGACGGCUGUGCUGACAUUUCUCCCAUCUCAAGAUGGCAAACCUUGUGACAUCACUGUGCUGUGUAGUUCUGGCCGCAGUGGUGGUAGCCUACGCUCAGAAACGCAGUCAGCUCGCUGCCAGGGCGCAGUACGAGCAGAUGGGUAGAGAUGUCACCAUGCAGUGCGGCAAACUGGACAGUAACGCAUCGGUGUCGUGGAAGGUGAACGGGACAGACGUGAUGGCCCAGCACCGUUUGGAAGGUCCGAGACUGACUCUGAGCAAGGUGGACUUGCACCAUAAUGGACGCUACAGCUGCUUUGAGGAACCAGCCGGAGAAAUGCGCGACUAUAUCUCGCUGCACGUCGGCUUACCACCUACUGAACCCUCAGUCACCUGCCGCUCCAACACCUACCCUAAAGGCUUCUACUGCAGCUGGCAGGAGCUGCACACAACACAUAUCCCCAUUUUUUUUGAAGUAGACGUACAGCACAACCUGAAGACCCUGGAUGUGAACCGAGAUCCCGUCCACAAGAAUCGCUGUCGUGUUGAGUUUCCAGAGGUCUUCUCAACGUCUCCUUACAAAGUGAACGUGACGGCGUUCAACGCUUUGGGAAAAGCUUCCACCACGCUUUCCUUUGAAGAGUUCUCUAUAGUGAAACCAGAUCCACCGGAGCGAGUGACCGCCAAGCCAAUCCGCUUCAACCCCAGGAGGCUGGAGGUCUCCUGGCACAGCCCCUCUACCUGGCCUGACAUAGAAAGCUUCCCGCUGAAGUACUUCCUUCGAUACCGACCGGUGAUCCGAGAGCAGUGGCAGCAUGUGGAGCUUUCCGAAAGCACUUCUCACAUCAUCACAGAUGCGUAUGCUGGGAAGGAGUACGUCAUCCAGGUCGCUGCCAAGGACACAGAGAUCGGGACAUGGAGUGACUGGAGUGUUCCUUUCCACGCCACACCCUGGAUUGAGGAUCCUCUGCCAAUCACCUCCACGACUGAGGUCGACACUCCGACUGAGACCAGAACCUCUCCCAUCCCGUCCUCCAACGCACCACAGAAGGCUGAACCUCCAGUGGGCCGAGCUGCCAGGGUCUUUACGUUUUUCUCUCCUUUACUUUUAGGGAUGCUGCUGCUGUUCAUAUGAUGUAAAUGUUGGAUUUCUGAGGAGAAAAAAGAAGAGGAUAAAGAGGAGAAGGCUGAUGUUUCUUUUUUUAUUCUUUUUCUUUUUUUUGCAUUUUGCACGUUUCCAGAACAGUGCAUUGAUUUUUUUUUUUUUUUUUAAUUCAUAGCAGUUACUCACCACGAUUUCUUAGAAGUCAGACGGCCAUGAUUCAACCUUACCAUCGCUGAGAAAGAAAUCCUUCAGCAGAACCUUUUGCAAAUGGCAGCACCGCUGUCAUUAUUGUGGCUUACAAAAGCAGCAACACUAACUAUCAAGUGUUUCACAUUUUGGUUGUUCCAGCUCCUCCUCAGAGGAAGAAAACUGACUCUCAUCUAAAAAAAAACCCAACAUUUUCUAUUUUUUUUGUUCAGUAUUUUUUCUUUGACCUGAUCUGUAAAGACAAACACACUCACACAUAUAUCAAGUGUUUGCCCUCCAACCCCCUCAACUCAAUCAUCAAGCCAAAGACUCAUCUGCACCCACAACACAGAGGCUCCCGAGCAGCUUGUCGAGCGUCCCGGAGCCCGUGCCUGCCUUCGACGUGAGUUGAAGUUAGUAUGUGCAGUGCACCCCAUCAGACCCGAUCAGCGGCGAAGUCGGAAUGAGCAGCUCCCGUCGGUGUGGAGGCGCACGGUUCGACAGAGACAAUGAUGUUCGAUCAGACUCUUACCAAUCAAUCUCGCGGCGGAGCGGCUGCUCCUCCACUCCAGGAAGAAACCGGCACAUUCAGACCGUAAACUUGACAUUGUGCUUGCAGUGUUUGGCAAGAAGGACCUGAAUUGUAAAGAACAUUAAAAAAAGAAAAAAAAAAAGAAAAAAAAUGGAUCUCAGACUGAACACUUUUUCUCCCCACUCCUUUUUGUUUUUGAUUAUAUGUGGAUGGUAACAAGUUUGGUUAUUGCAACACUGAUAGGAGCUACAGUAUAUUCUUUUUUUGCUCUGUGGUGUCAAAUAACACAAAUCUGUUUCCUUGCCAAAAUCUUGAAACCUUUACAAAGAUUAGAUUUGUCUUUUUGCAGUUUUUCUUUCAUUCAGUAGCCAAUAUCAUCAGUUAAUUUUAUGUUAUAUACGGAAUAUCGAUGUGCUUAAAUUUCCUUUUUUUUUUCUUUUAAAAUAAAAAUAAUAAUUAAAAAAAAAGAUACAUAUAGGGCUUUACUUUUUCAGGCAUUUAUAACAGCUUAAUUCUCCUAUUUUGUAAACUAUGAUAUGUAACUUUAACAUUGAACAAAAGUUUAUUAUUUAAUUAUAAUAAUAUUGUAUGUAUUAGCCGUAGAAUGUCGUAACCUGUACCUGGGGUCUUUUUUAUAGAUGUAUAUACAAUGACAGGUUUCAACAAUUAAAUGUGACCAUUUCACAAUGA